AUGCACCUGGCCGGAGCCGAGACCCUGCACCAGGCCCACGUCCUGCUGGAGAUGGACAAGAGUUUGAUGUGUGGAGCUCGUGUAGCACGACGGCGUGCAGAUCGAACUUGGUCGAAGCACCUUCUGGGAGCCGUUGAUUCGCCUGCUGUCAACACCGUCCUCGCCCACGUGACGCGCCUCGAGUUCCAGGACGGUCGGCGCAAGCGGGCUCGGCAGCACUACCACGGGCGUGGCACCACGCACAGCCACUCGCUGGACUAUCUGGAGAACAAGGCUGCCAUCGGCCUCGAGAACAAGAUCUCUGCACACCUGCCCAGCAGGGACGAGGACCCUUUGCUCCACGGCUUGGUCUUGGACGGCCAGCGCGACUACACCGACUCCGGCGUGGAAGUACGCGAAGAUCCGUCGGUCUGGGACGCGAGCGCCGACCUUGCACGGCUGCAGCACACAGCGGAGGACAAGGAGCUGCACCUCCGGCCGUACUUCCCGCAGACGCUGGGCAUCACGAAAUGCCACGAGGAUGUGCAACAAGGCAACGGCAACGGCGCCGUGCUCCGCUACGUAGCCAGCUACGCCCCCAAGUUCAGUGACUCCAUGGACCAGGAGUGGCUCAACGAUCAAGCCUCCGACUACAGCGUCGCGCGGCGCAUCCUCUUCAGCUAUCAUCCAUUGGAACCCGAGAUGUGGCUCACGCUGGCCCAGGAGCGGUUUCCGCAGAUUGCUUAUUCCGGUUCGAUGCUGAAUCUCAUGACACCUUCCCUGGACUGCACCGCGAAACCGCAGCUCCUGAAGAACUACGAGGCGAGCGACUGGCGACGAGAUGACAUGUGCUUCCUGGAAUACCUCCGCAAAAGCAAUGCCACGGGAGAGAUCAUCCGCCAUAUCCGGGAGGCGCACAAGCGCGAGGUUCUGCGUUUGGUUGCGAUGUCGUUGCAAGCCGGUGGACGCAGCGCAAAACAAGCCCAACAAGGAGCCGCUGAUUUCCUCAAGGACCACAAGGCCCAUGCGGGCGCGGCCGAAGCCGAUUUCGAAGAGUUCACGCCCCUCGCGGUCUUCGCGGCCCAGAAGCAUGGCGUGGCCGCGCCCUCCCUCGAAGAGUUUGCCAACGACUACCAGUGCCGGGGCGAGAAGCUCAUCGCCGCCGGCAUGAAUUCCAUGCUCCAUGACAAGUACUACGGACAGUGGCUGGUGCUACACCGUCCCUUCCGCCACCUGGAAGAUCUGCAAGCAAUGCACCCCGACAUCCGGGAAAAGGUGCCCCUGCAUUAUCAGCAGUUCGCUCUGGCUUUGCGCCAUGCGCCGGAUUUCUGGGAGAACGACCGAGCCAUCGAGGCGCAGAUGGAGCUGGAGGCGCAGUCGCGGGCGCACGUCGCCACCAUCCUUGGCAAGGUUCGCGCGCAGCGCCACCUGGUGGAGCGCGCCCUCGCCGGCGACCUGGAGCAGUGCGACGAUGCGGAUAUCUCGGACGCGGAUCCGGCAGUGGCCCCCCUCCCGAUAGAACAGCGCCGUUUUCGGCUCACCCAAUCCCAGCGGCGGCUGAACGCCGAGUUAGAAGCAAGGCUCGACAUCGCGCUUGCAGCCAGCCAGGCCUCCACGGACGAGGAGUACGAGGAUGCCGUCGUCGCCGCGCGCGGCAAGCCCAUGCUGCUCGCCCAUGGCGCGCCCGGGACGGGCAAGACGUUCGCCGUGCACGAGCAGAUUCGGCGCGGCGUGGCGAGGGGCGCACGCAUCCUCUUCGCGCUGCCGACGGGCUACCUGGCGGCCGCCAUGCGGGCCAAGCACCCGGACAUUGACGUGGACACCUUCCACGGCGGUUUGCUCUUCCACAAGGACCUCUCCGAGGCGAUGGGGGUGCUUACCCAGUACGACCUCGUCAUCCUGGACGAGGUGUCCAUGCUCACGGCCGCGCAGUUCGAGCGGUUGCUGGAGAUGUGGCGCGCUGCGGAGCGGCUGCCCUGUCUGGUCAUGCUGGGCGAUUUCUGGCAGUUGCCGACCGUGGAUCCGAAGGAGCCGAGGUGCGACGAGAGCAGCUGCUGGCGUGCCAACGUGCAGGUCGUGCAGUUCUACGAGCAGGUACGAUGCAAGGAUGCCUGCCUGCAGCGCAAGCUCGACUGCCUGCGCACUUCCGUGCCGAGCAAGCAGCAACUCAAGCAUAUUCUCCGCCGCCGUCGCGCCUGGAAGACCUCCAAGCCGACCGCUUGGGAUGUUCCCCAGCUUUUACGCACAAAAUCCGACACCACGGUGGUUACCUGCACGCGCAGCGCCAGUGCCCUCUUCAACAAGCUGGCUGCCAAAGUUCUCUUCCACGACAGACGCAAGAGGCCAUUGGGCAACAUCCCCAUGGAUUACGACGCCAACGACGACAAUUUUGAGGGACGAGGACAGCUUCGCAAGGGUCCACUCUCGCCGAGCCACACGGACGUCUUCAGGGGCGAGCGCAUCCUCCUCACGAAGAACCUCGAUAAGAGGCUAUUGUCAGUGCCCGCGCGAACUGCCGGGAGGCCGGACCGACAGCAGAUUCUAAGAAGAAUCCUGACAGUAUCACUUCUUUUCGAAGUCGCGUGUCCGGACAAUGUUCUCAAACUUCUCUGCAUUGCCGUUGUCCAGGAAAGAACAGCCUUGACCGCAUGCCUGGGCGUCAGCAUUGCCAGCACAUCCGUGUCUGCUGCAGCGAAUUUGGCUCCAGGACCCUGGGUUGCGGCCUGCAUAAGCCAUCCCCUGGGUGGCAUCGGCGGCUACGUGCUCGCCCACUGCCAAGCGCUUCUGUCGCACCACGCGACCUGCCCGCGAUUCCGUGCCCAGCUGGAACGGGGCAUGGGCCGCGGCAAGGCCAAAUGGAACAGGUACGAUCAAGAGGGCGGCGAUGGCCCUGGUGGCUCCACCCCCUACUGGCGUGGUGCCUACUCACCUUCCCAGCGUCCUUGGAAGCAACCGGGAGAGGGCGAUUCGACCCCCCGACCACGAUUUCCAACCUACCAAUCCAUGCAGGUGAAGGACUCGGAGGCCGGCUCGAGCAGGCGGGCUGCGAAAGGUGCCGCGAAGGGCAAUGCUCAGCCCACAGAAGACCCCGAGCCUGGUUCUGUUAUGGGGGUUCAGCCGGUUUUGAACCUGGCGAGGAAGGCCGAACUCAAGGUACAAAGGCUGCUUGCAAGCCGAGACAAGGCUCACAAGCAGUGGGCGGUCUACGACGAGGAGCUCAAGCAGACCUUCCUUCGCGAGAAGCGCAAGUUCACCGCGAACAUGCAGAGGUUGGAUACGGAGCUGUCGGAAGCUCUGAAGGCUCAAGACCUGGCGAGGCAAGCGGUGUACCAGACGGUGGCUGGCCAUGCGGUGCCCAAGGCGGAUGCGAACCAGGAGGAGGCCAUGGACUGGGACCGAACCCGGGAGGCCUGGGAGCAGGACGAUGGCUCGGACCUCAAUGGUGUGCUGAGUCGGGCACUCGCACACGCAGGUGCGUCGGACGGGCUGUCGAGGCUGCCUUCCCUGCAUGGACGGCCACAGAAUAUGCCUCCGCAGACUCCCGCGGAGCCAGUCGGGCCAAACGUGGCGGCUCCUGCUUUCGGUGGUGGUCUGCCCUCAGAUCCCUUUUCCGUGCCGGCCGGGAUGCAGGCACAGAUCCUGCGCAUGGCGGACGAGAUGAGGGCAGCGAGUGCUGUUGCCGGCAGGACCAACUAUACAGAGGCUGCCAUGGUCGACCCAUAUCAGACUUCGCCUGGGGGCGCCUAUCUCAAGGCGCCGGCUCCAUCGGUUUCGCCCCCGGCCAGGGUUGGCCCCUACGAUGGUCCGAGACAGUCCGAUGCCAAGGACGAUGCUGGCGACGCGCCCUCUUUGGAGGAAAGAGUUGCUCAGAAGCGGACAUCUGGGGCGCGUUCUGCCAUGAGGCCAUUCGGGCUGCCACCGGAGACACCACCGCCUGCGCCGGGGUUUGCCACGAUAAAUGGUGGCCCUAUGCAGAUACCGAUCGCCUCCGACGACGAGCUGGCAGGCAGUACACCUGCUGCUUGGUUUCCAACCCAUGCAGCCUCGACUCAGCUGCCGCGCAUGUUCAUGGGAUCGCUAUUGGACUGGAUGUGGCCGGACGCCAUCGCAGCACCGCCCGGGGGUUGGCCGUGGCUUCGAGGCGAGGGGCGGCCAGACUCGCUGCCCCCGGAAGUCUUCCCUAGGGUUAUGCCGGUAGCGGCGACAACCAGCCACGCUGGACUGAAGGCACAUGUGGUUUCUCCCUUCUUUGUGCCCGAGAGCCUUGACCUUGAGCUGCAGAGGCCGUGCGACAUCAGGGACCUGGAGAGACGUGUUGCCAGGCACGUUUCCACCCUGAACCUGGCCUUCAGCAAUGCCAUUGUUACGGCUUCAGUCCAACCAUGGCCGUCCUGUGCAGUCCUGCUGGUGUAUCCAGAGUGGACGUCUUUUGCUGGCCUGAGUGCCGUCGUCCUUGACCUCACAUCUAUGCAACCUCAGCGGCAGGGUCCGCUGACCGCGUGCUUUGUGACAAGGCCGACUUCCCGGCAAGAAAUGCUCCGCGAAGCUGGCUUGUUCUCCACGCCGGAGGGAUGCCGCUUCUUUGUCGGGGAAAAUCUGAGGCCCAUUGACCAUGACGAUCCAGAGGUCCAGAUUGGAGAGAGCCCGCCUCCUCUCAUCCGGCCCCCCCGCGCACUUAUGCUGCUACAUCACAGUGGCAGAUUCUUCUUCGGGCGUCACGACCCAUCUUCUGGACCUGUUGAUGCCGCCGUGGCCGCUUUUGUGGGCGUUGAGCGUGCCAGUGUAUCCUUUCAUGCGCCCCCUGACGGCUUGUUGGAACACCUGGCUUACCGGGGGUCGAACCUUCGCAGCGUCAUUGCCCUUGUCGAGAAAAACCCAGACGGGUCGCAGGACUUUGUCGUCCUACUCGACCUUAGACAGGUUGCUGGGUCACCUCAGUUUGUGCGUCUCGGGCGUCCUUACUUGACCUACGAGGAAUUGCAGGGGCUGUCCCCGACUGCGCCGCCGGCAGGAUGGCGUCUUGUCGUCCAGGGUGGCAGGCAACGCUCGGGUUGUGUCAAAGUCUGCACUGGUGAGGUUCUUACCUUUGGGUUCCUCCCCAUAGACACCAUUGAGCCCGACUUUGGGAACCUCUCCUCUUCAACGCCGGACCCGGGUGACUCGGGCGAUGAAGGUGAGAACCCGGACGAGACAACGGAGGAGGAACAGGCAACAGACGAUGUCAGCACUCGCUCUCGAUCUCGCGAAAACAGGGGCCCGCGGCCCUCGUCUUCCGACCGCUCUUUCGAGGGGACCAUUCUCGACAAGCGUGCUGCCUCGCAAAGCCGACCUCUUGAGAAGGUCAUUAGCCUCUGCUGGGUAGCCAAACAUGCCCUAGGCUUUGUCAGUAGGCAUUUCCGGCCCUCCCAAUCUAGGCUGUGCCUUAUCGAUACGCCCUCCUUGGGUUGUCUGCAGGGUGUCCUUGGGGCCAUCGAACUCUGCACAGCCUGUGCUGAGAAAAGUCACAGGGUGCCAGGGACAAACGCUGCGGGUCGACCCAUUCUUGGAGACGUUGUGACACGUCACCUUGCUGGUUACCUCCCCCGGGGCUUGGGAGAUCGUUCACCCGACCGGCCAGAGGCCCCUGAGCUUGCACAUCCACGACCGGUUGCAGCCCAGUUGCCACCAAUGCCGUUGUUCUUUCACGGCAUGUUUGUUGUCAUGACACCUGGCUAUAAGCCAGACUGCAGUGUUCUGGCCCUUCGGGCGCCCUGUACUCUCGAAUUUGCCAUUCAAGAGGUUCAGUCUGUGCGUCCACGUAUAGAGCGACUGAGGCCAUGGAGCGGCAAGCUCUUUGUCGCUCAGGUCCCCGACACCCUCACCAGAGAGGAACUCCUGACUGCUGCGGGAUGUGGUGCCGGCGUGCUCCUCGAGCAAAUGUUGCAGAGCGUUGCCAUGUGGAACGAGCGCGCUGAGUUGCCUUUCUCUUAUGCACCGGCCAUAUGGUUGCUGACCGACACCACCUCUGUUCGGCUAGACAUCGAGGACGCGCACGCGCCUAUCCGGAGCUCUGUUGUCGCUGAGGCACUCAGCUGCGACCCAAUGCGCAUUGUCCUUCGACCUGUUGCCCCUCCGAUCAAUGAUCAUGACGCUUGGGGCUGGGGCAUGUUUGCUGUUGUCAUUGCCACUACGCGGAUUCCGCGGCGUCGUGACCCUGAUGCAGUACCACUUGCCGUUGCCUUCGACCAACGUCCCAUCCUGCAAGGCAUCGACUGGUCUCUUGAGCAAGACCGUUUUUUGCUUGUCCAGGACCUUGCAGACCGUUAUGCGCACCUGUGCCCUGAAGGCAUGCAUGUUGCCUUCUCAGGCGCUGACAGUGUUGCAACCUCUGAAGGUGCUGCUUUUGCCCUGAGGGAUGGUCUGUGCUUAACGGUUGACUUUGUGUUCAUCAACCGUCUGCGUGACGAUGACUCCACUUCAGAGUCUUCUAGUGGCAGCACCACCAGCACUGCCACAGCCUCCUCGGGAGACUCUGAUGCUGAUGACUCCUCGGACAGUGGGCGGGGUGAGCGACGCAGUCGGUCCCCUCGUGGCGCCCCUGUUCCUGGUGGCGGCGCCGCUUUUGUUGGUGACGGCCCCCGACGCACUGCGCCAUCGGGUGGCGGCCCUGACAGCCAAGCGCCUCCCAGCAAGUUCCCGGCCUCUCUGUCAUUCCUGAGGCCAGCCGGGGCCCCCUGUGAAGGGCGGCUGGGCUUCGAUUGGCCAUACCAGCGCUCCCACUGGAAUUCCGUAGACGGCCUUGCAAGUCCAGAGGAUGCUUUCUCUGAGAGUGACGUCAGCGAUGAAGAGGACGUCAUGUGUGACAUUGCCAUUUCUUCUAUUGACGCCGGAGUGCUACCCGGAGUCGUUGUUACGUGUCUUGACCUGUGGCACUGGGAUGGGCGCGUCUUUGCGGCUGUCCUUCCUCCUGAUGCCACUGCUGAUGAUAUCCUCAACGCUGCUGCCGUUGUAGGGCCUGCCCGCCCUGCUCUCUUUGUCGGCAACCGGGCGACCCCUGUCGCCGCAGACGAGGUGCUGCAUAUUGUAACGGGUACGACGAUCACCUUCAUGCCUUCUACUGCUCCAGCACCCGUCCUUUUCUCGCUUGGGGGACAGCUUGAAUCACACCUGCCGUGGGGUACUGGCCCGGCUUUCCCCCUUGCAGUUGUUGACGACUGGUACCACUUGAGAUAUGGAGGUCAAUCGCGCCUCUUCCGGCUGCAGGCCGACCGGGGCGCGUCCUACCGCCGGGAUGUCUCAGAACUGCUAAGUCUUGAUCUUCGAAGGCUGCGACUCGCACCGUCUACGAUGGCCCUGCAGAUCGCUUUUCUCCGGCAACUGAUGGGUAUUGCCUACUCGACGGUCGAGCGAUCCUUGGAGGCUGGUCCUCGAUUCCAUGUCAGGCCGGCAGGGUGCGCCUUGCCUCUGUUGAGCAGUGCUUCCAAGGGCUGGUACCGGCUUCGUGGGUCCUCUCCACCACACCGCCUAUUGGUGCCGACACCGAGACACUUGCGGUCCCCGGCCAAGUUUUCCGUGUCACAUUGCAACGAAGACGUGACGAGAGCGCACGGAUCGAGGGCCAAGAGCCUGAUGAUGCGCCCAACUCUGAAGCUGAUGAUGUUCCAGGAGCUGGGCUCCCAGGAGUUGCCCCCUCUGGACCCCGUCAGGCCCAAGACCUGCCGUCCCAUGUUCCAUCGAACACUGGGGACUCUGGCAGGUUCAGUCCUGUGCGGCGCAGACACCAACAGCGCCGUCAGCCUUUCUGGUGGGCCACGCUGUUGGCCGAACGCCGCUCAACCUCCUCUCCGCCUGACUGUCCAGCUUGCCCUGCUUGUCUUUGUGCUCCAGCCAACCUGCUCUGUCAGCGUUGGAGAUGCUAGCUACAAAGUCGAAUGCCCAAGCAGCUACGGCCUGCCAGACGAGGCUGCACCACGUGCGGUUACCGCUGCCUCCGCAAACUCUGCCAGCGUUUGGCCCACCGUCCGGCCACUCCCGACUCCAUGCCGGGGUUCCUCUGGUUUUGGGUUUCCUAAGUUCGACCCCCCGGCUCCCACCCAAAACAAGCGUGGCCAAGUUGACCUUAACGUCGACUGCCCAGAGUAUGGCACACUUGGCUUUCUCGUUACUUUGCUCGAGGAAAGCGUCAGGCCUGCUGCUCCCGGCUGCAUUCGCGCCAGCGGGCCCAGCCCGAUGAUGACAGCCGUCUGGCUGCCAGUGCUGAGCUUUGCCACAUCUAAGGAUGUCAGUAAGUUAGUCGCUUCGAGAUCGCUCGCAGCCGACCUCACCAGUGGUGACCUCCACUGUUUUACUGAUGGCUCAGUACCGUCUUGUUUCCUCUCAACCUGCGGUGCUUCUGCCUUUGUUGCUGAGUGCUGUGCACUUAUUGCAGCCCUCUGGAUCACGACCUGCCGGUGUGAUACCGCCCCGAUCAUUUUCGGUGUCGACUGCACAGCUGCCCUCGGAAUCGCCGAAGGCACCAUGCUAAGUGCCGGCUCUGGCACUGCCAGUGUCCUGUUUCGCAUUGGCUCCUUUGCCCGGUCUUUGUGCCCGUGUACCCGUACUUUCUGCCACUCCCCGGGUCAUAGGUGCAUCCUCGCAAAUGAGCUAGCUGCCCUUGCUGCUCGCCGUGCGGCUCAAGGCCAUGCCGUCGGGGAGUUUUCCUGGACCCCGGCAAGUACCCAUGACUGGUGGGCAUCUGGUGGCGUCUCCCUUGACUGGGCUGGAGUUGCUCUGCUGUGUGCUGCUGGGCAUUCCACUAUGCCUAUGCUGGGUCCAGGGGCUGUGCUACCGUCGGCGUGUACUGCCGGUAUGACGCCCACCCAGCUCCUUGAACCAUUUUGCCCCACCCAGACCGGUGACAACCGGUCGGUGCAGAGGGGUACCCUGCGUCUCAUAGUUGGGACAUACAACGUCCUGUCUCUCUGCGGCCAGUCUUUUGGUGACAACGGCCCGUGCGGACUUGCGUUUGUUGCAGGACGCCCUCAUCUGCUAGCGGCUUGCCUCAAGGCAGCCAAUGUCGAUGUUCUAGCUGUUCAGGAAGCCAGGACUGAGCAAGGCACCGUUGUUACGGAUUCGUUCCUUCGUUUCUGUUCCGGUGCUUCCAAGGGCAACUUCGGCACCGAACUUUGGUUUCGACAGGGAGCCACGGUCGUUGCCUCAACCGGGAGCCGGGUUCAGCCUGUCCGAUUUCUCAGGAAACAUUUUAUCGUCCUGCACUCCGACCCGCGCAGGCUCAUUGUUCUCUUCCAUGAUGGGGCAACCAAACUUGUGUUUACUUCCCUGCAUGGUCCCCAUAAAGGCUCCGAGGCUGCCCUCUUGGAGGCCUGGUGGAAGGAAACAGGUAGGCUUCUUGAGGGAUCGUGCUCUCGGGGAGACCUUAUCGUCAUGGGAGACUUCAAUGCUGAUCUAGGGAUUAUCGAGUCGGCUGCCGUUGGGCCCCAUGCAGCUUCUGCUCAAGACUUUGCUGGAGAGCAACUGCAUGCUCUCGCGCGUCACUUUGACCUCUGGUUGCCUUCCACGUGGCCGGAUGUCCACCCUGGGCCGAGCGGCACGUAUGUGCAAAAGCGCAACGGAGCUACCAGCCGUCUCGACUACGUGUGCUUGCCACAGAGCUGGCGCUCUUCCCAAGUGUCCUCUUGGGUCGACCCCACUAUCCACGCUGGUCAGCCAGUUGUUGACCACAUAGCUGUGCUUGCCUCCGUCACAGCUGUCCUGUCCUUUAGCGCAGGGGCCAGGCAGUCUGCCACGCCCCGCUUGGACGUCCAGGCUAUGCUCGCCCCUGAAGGCCGCAAGCGGAUAGCGGAUAUCCUUGGGCGUGCACCGGCUAUACCGUGGAGCGUCUGCCCUGACGCGCAUGCAGCGCAGCUGGUAGCUUAUGUGCAGCGUGAACUCCGCGCCGCGUUCCCCAAGCCAUGUGUCGUGCGGCGGCACGCAUACCUUACUGACGCCACUUGGGCGUGCCACACCGCUGUUGCACGCCUGAGACGCCAGCUCACCAACCUGCGCAGGGCAAUCUGCUUCCACUCCGUUGCUGCAGCCUUUUCAACCUGGCGUGACGGCGGCCGCACUCUUGCUAUGACGUUUGGGCAGUCAAGGUGGAUGCAACAAGCACGUGCUCAGGAGGUCAACCUUGGCGCUGAGUUGCAGUCCGCGGCGCGGGCUCUUCGACUGGGCUGUAAAGCCGACCGUGCUGCACAUCUCUCCUCUCUUGCUGACACCGUUGGGGAGGGGCAGGAUGCGUCCUUCCACGCUCUGCGUCAACUUUUGGGUCAUCGCAGACGUAAGCCCUUUGCUCCCGAGGUUUUGCCGCAGCUAUUGAACAACCAAGGUGAGUUGUGUGACACCCCCGCGUCCACCAUGGAUCGAUGGCGCCAGCACUUCAGCGACAUGGAAGCUGGCACAGUGGCCUCUCUUGAGCAGAUCGCUUCUCUUUCCCGACCCCCGCAAUUGUCCGUGUCCAGUAUCCCCAGAGCCGACUUCCCCGCACCUGCUGAUGUGCUUGCAGCCAUUCUGACAGCCAAAAAGGGGAAGGCCAGCGGCCCCGAUGGGGUACCGGUCGAGUUUGGGCAUGCCUGCCCUGCCCAGUGGCAGCAACUCCUGCUACCUCUGCUUCUGAAAGUCGGUUUGCACUGUCAGGAACCCAUUGGGCUCAAGUCCGGCAUUCUUACCUGGCUCUAUAAGGGCCGGGGAAGUAAGCUCGAGUGCUCGUCUUACCGUGCGAUCAUGCUGCUGUCUACGGUUGCAAAAACCCUACACAGGGCCUUCCGGCCGGCUCUCUACCGGUUUUUCGACAACCGGUCCCUUCCAGUCCAAAUUGGGGGCAAAAAGAGCACCAGUGUGCUCUUUGGAGCCCACUUGAGCCGGUCGUUCCUUUCGUGGCGUGCCAGCCUCUCAAUGUCAGGCGCCAUUCUGUUCGCCGACGUUGCAGCUGCCUAUUAUAGUGCAGUGCGUGCCUUGACCGCCCGCGAUCCGACCGACACCACCGAGGCGGCGAAUCCGCAGCCCCCUGAGCUACAGGACCAACUCGCGGCACCCAGUGCCCUACGUGCUGGUGGCGCCGGGCCAUGGCUUGAGACCAUGACACACGACUUCAACCACCACACCUGGAUGACCCUGGCUGGUGAUGACCGCCAAAUCAUCACCACCAAAGGCAGCAGACCGGGCUCCUCGUGGGCAGACUUGUUCUUUGGAGUCACCGUCCCUGGAAUACUUGCCUUGAGGGACCAGUUGAGAGCUGAAGCUUCCGGUUGCAGCCCGGAACCUCCCGCCCAUGUGCUUUGGGACGGGGUGCGUGCCUUCUGCCCCUCCAUCCGGCCUGCAAUCGCGACGCCGCUCACGGAGGUUGUCUGGGCCGAUGACGUUGCGUCAUACCUCUGCAUCCGGGAUCCUGCCGAGGUUGCUCGCCGUCUGGGAAUAGAGGCUUCUACCUUGAUUGACGCUUUCGCCGGUUUUGGAUACACCCUUUCGUUUGGACCCGGCAAGACCGCCGCUGUUGUUGCCCUUCGAGGGCCUGGCGCGCGGCAUGCCCGUCGCAGCGUUUUCUCCAGCAAAGCAGUUGUCCCUGUUUUGUCGGAAAACCGCCAAGGUGAGCUCCUUCCCCUUGUGGCGGUGUACAAGCACCUGGGGGUUAAGAUCGAGGCUGCUGGAUCCCUGCUACCUGAAAUCAAGCAGCGGGUUGCGCAGGCUUGGAUCGCCUUUAGGGAAGGCCGAACCAAGGUGUUCCGUUCGAAGCGACUGACGCCGUCUCGCAAAGGUUGCCUCCUUCGCACCCUCGUCAUGUCUCGCCUCACUUUUGGGAGCGGGGCGUGGAGAACACUUCGAGUUGGGGAAUACCAGGCUUUCAGCCGAUGUAUUGUGGCCCUCUAUCGGCAAUGCCUGGGCAUCCCGCACGACGGGGACCAAGAGGUGACUACAGAAGCGAUAUGCUCGCUACUGCAGCAGCCAGACCCCCUCACGAUCCUCCGAGUUGAGCGACUUCGAUAUGCACGCCAGCUUGUCGCAACUGGACCGGACGUGCUUUGGGCUUUGCUCAAGCAGGACCCCGCCUUCACGGGAGCCAUCCAAGAUGCGUGCGGGUGGCUCUUUCGUUGGGUCUCCGGCACAUCAACCCUUGGUGACCCCAACGUUGACUGGGACAGCUGGGUCCGGGUCAUGGUCGAUCGUCCGCGACUUUUUCGUGGUCUUGUAAAAAGGGGUCGUGGUCUUGAGUGCUUGCGCUUGGGCGCUUUUGCAGCCUUUCAGGCCGUGCGCAAAGCACUCUGCAUCGUAGGCUGUGCUGCUCGACAAGCCCCGAAUGCUGUCGAUGAUGCGGUGGAGUUCAAGCAUGCGUGUUUGCUGUGUCGCAUAGCCUUUGCAUCCAGGGCCGCCUGGGCUGUUCACGCCGCCAAAUGCCACGGUUACCGCGCGCCAGCAACUUUGUUGGCGAGGGAACAGUCCACUCCGCUGUGUGCUGGGUGUGGACGCCUUUACGCUAACCACCAGCGAUUGCGUCGGCACCUGUUGCACUCGACCGCCUGCCGCACACAGUGGGGGGCCUUCCAAUGUGCCGACGUUCCGUCUGCUUUGCCUCAUGUGCAGCGACCCCCGUGUCAAGUCGCUGGGCAUCUCGGGGAGGACCCUGGCCUUUUGGACUCCGCCGCGGUUCACCCAGGCCUCCUUGAGGCUUUGCUGGGCCUACAGACCCUUGACUCCGAGUCGAUUUGGGCAACUGUGCUGGACUUUGUUGAGCCCUUGGACGUCUUGCGUAACACGCUGACUGCUUGGACCCAGCAUGAGCGUGCGCAGAAUGGGUGCACUGAGCUUGCUGCGGACGCGGCCCUGUUGUUGGACCCUGAGUUGUGGUGUGAGGACUUUCGAGUGCCGCUGCUCGUUCGUGCUCACUGGUCCUGA